AUGUGGCUGGCCGGUGCCUCCUUGAUCGCUUCUCUGAUUGUCGCCGCAGCUGGCUUGGUAGAGACAGGGUUACAGUGCCGGCAGCCAGCGAUCCCGCCAGACACAGUUGUCAGUCCUCCAGGUACAAACGUUACCUUGCCCUGCCUAGAGAGGGAGCUGGAGAACACCACCCUCGUGCACUGGAGGUUCAAUGAACAGAACAUAAGUUCCCAUCGCGGAAGGCAGGUGGUGGAAGGGUCCCUUCUUUUCCUGCCAUCAGUAUAUUUCAACGAUUCUGGCUCGUACACCUGCCACGCGGGUGGCCGCGUCCUCCGCUCUGUGCGACUGCUGGUCGAAGAGCCUCCCGAGGUGCCGAAAUUCACCUGCUACCGCCGGAGCUUCACCAAGGAUAUCCUGUGCGAGUGGAAACCGUCUCGCCAACUGUCCGUUCGCACCAAAGCCAAACUCUGGGUGGGCAAGGGGCUCAUGGGAGGGAACCGUACAGAGCAGCCAUGUCGCUAUUACAGCAAAUCCCAGAAAUUUUCGUGUCGCAUUGCCAUCACUCACCAAGACGAUGACAUCGUCCUACGGGUGACCAUGUGUGUCGCAAACAUGGCAGGCGCAGCUACGAGUGAUGUCAAUGUCUACAGGACCAUCAAUCUGGUGAAGCCAGACCCGCCGAAGAAUGUCACGGUGACCCCUGUGGAGAAGGCCCCCCGCAAACUGCUGGUGACCUGGCGUUACCCCUCCUCUUGGAACUCCAAGAUCUACCACCUUCGGUUCCAGCUCCGAUACCGGGCAGAGAUUUCACAGAUGUACUCCGAGGUUGAGCUUCCAUGGGAAGCUUCCACUUCGCACGUGAUCCAUGACGCCUUGCAAAACCUCCCCCACAGGGUUCAAGUCAGAGCCCAUGAAGAAUUCGACUACGGAACCUGGAGCGAGUGGAGCCGCGAAAGUAUCGGAACACCCUGGACAGAACCCCCAUCGACAGAGUCAGAAAUGGCAAGUUCAGACAUCCCAAAGUUUCCUAGGUAUAGUUUUGUUCCCUCGGAUGCGCCUGCAACUCCUGAGCUUCCCAUCGACCCAGAAAAGCCAGCCGUGGAAGUUGCUGUAGACGCGGCUCUUCAUACGUUUCUCAUCCCAGCAGUAACUGUGAUCUUGGGUCUCGCCCUGGUGGUUGCCAUUGUCAUCCGGUACCGGAAAAAAUGGUGGGCGCCGUCUUCCGGCGAGGCGAAGCCAAAGACCGUACCGUCCUAUUCCCUGGUCCCGCUGGCUUCGGGGGCCCCUCUGAGCUCAUCCCCUCUCCUGUCCCCUCCUGCCUCGCCCUUCAGCGAGAGUUCUGCGGACAGCCCCAGAAUCCUGGAAAACAGCCCUUACGACGUUUCUAACGCGGACUACUUCUUGAUUCCCAGGUAG